AGCGGCUGUGAGAGAAAGCAGCAGGAGGAGGAGGAGGAGGAAGAUGGCGGGGCUGUCGGUGCGGGACCCCGCCGUGGACCGGUCCCUGCGCUCCGUGUUCGUGGGGAAUAUCCCCUACGAAGCCACAGAAGAGCAGCUAAAGGACAUUUUCUCAGAGGUUGGACCUGUCGUCAGUUUCCGACUGGUGUACGACAGAGAGACGGGCAAACCAAAGGGCUAUGGCUUCUGCGAGUAUCAAGACCAGGAAACGGCGCUCAGUGCCAUGCGGAACCUAAACAGCCGGGAGUUCAGCGGGAGGGCGCUGCGUGUGGACAACGCAGCCAGUGAGAAGAACAAAGAGGAGCUGAAGAGCCUGGGCACUGGUGCUCCCAUCAUCGAGUCGCCCUACGGAGACCCCGUGAACCCUGAAGAUGCCCCCGAGUCCAUCAGCAGGGCUGUGGCCAGCCUCCCCCCUGAGCAAAUGUUUGAACUGAUGAAGCAGAUGAAGCUGUGUGUCCAGAACAGCCCGCAGGAGGCACGGAGCAUGCUGCUGCAGAACCCUCAGCUUGCCUACGCCCUGUUGCAGGCCCAAGUGGUGAUGCGGAUCGUCGACCCAGAAAUUGCUCUGAAAAUUCUGCAUCGCAAGACCACUGUUCCAUCUCUGAUUCCGGGCAACCCACAACCAGGGCCUGGGCAGGGUCCUGGACCUGGGCAAGGGCCUGGGCCUGGGCCUGGGCCCGGUCCAAAUGCACAGAUGAACCAGCCCAACGUCCCUUCUUCCCAGCCACAACCAAUCGGGGGCAUGCAUGUCAAUGGAGCCCCUCCCCUGAUGCAGCCGCCCAUGCAAGGCGGUGUGCCAGCUCCGGGCCAGAUGCCAACCGCCGUGCCCGGCCCUGGCCCCGGCCCCUUGGCUCCAGGAGGUGGCAUGCCAGGCGGUGGCCCGAUGCUCUUGGAACGCGGCCAAGUGGACAAUGAGAGUGCGGCUUUCCCCAGUCAUGCUCCAUCAGGGAACCUGCAGCUCUCUCCCGUGGGACCUGCCAGGCCUGCCUCUAUUGAGCGAGUUCAAGUGCCCAUGCCAGACCCACGGGCGCCCAUGCAACGCGGGCCGAUGCCAGCUAGCGGACCACCGCCUCGAGGCCUUCUGGGAGACGCCCCGAAUGACCCACGUGGAGGGACUUUGCUCUCAGUCACUGGAGAAGUGGAGCCCAGAGGCUACCUUGGCCCCCCCCACCAGGGCCCCCCCAUGCACCAUAUGCCUGGCCAUGACAACCGGGGGAUGCCCCCCCACGAAAUGAGGGGCGGACCGAUGGGAGAACCCAGGCCUUUGAUGGGAGAACCCCGGGGCCCCAUGAUGGAUGGCCGAGCUGGAAGAGAUCCAAGAGGCAUGGAUAACAGAGGCAUGGAGCCUAGAGUGAUGGAUGCCAGGGGCAUGGAGCCGCGAGGCAUGGAUAACAGAGGGAUGGAGCCCAGAGGGAUGGAUGCCAGGGGCAUGGAGCCGCGAGGCAUGGAUAACAGAGGGAUGGAGCCCAGAGGGAUGGAAACUCGUGGGAUGGAGCCGCCCAGGGGCAUGGAGUCCAGAGGGAUGGAGCCGCCCAGGGGCAUGGAGCCGCCCAGGGGCAUGGAGCCGCCCAGGGGCAUGGAACCGCCCAGGGGCAUGGAACCGCCCAGGGGCAUGGAGCCCAGAGGAAUGGAGCCACCCAGAGGAAUGGAACCGCCCAGAGGAAUGGAGCCACCCAGGGGCAUGGACACGAGAGGCAUGGAACCCCGAGGCAUGGAAUCUCGAGGCAUGGAGCCGAGGGGCCCCGGCCCCAGCCCAAGGGGUCCAAUGAGUGGGGGAAUUCAAGGCCCCGGGCCUCUUACCAUGGGAGCAGCGGGCCCACAGGGGCCUCGUCAGGUCCCGAAUAUGCCCGGGGCAGCAAUGCAGGCCGGAGGCAUCCCGGGAGCAAACGUGCAAGCGGCGGCCCAGCCGGGGGGGUUCAGCCCUGGCCAGAACCAGGUGACACCCCAGGAUCACGAAAAGGCUGCCCUCAUCAUGCAGGUCCUCCAGCUGACAGCAGACCAGAUCGCCAUGUUGCCUCCGGAGCAAAGGCAGAGCAUUCUGAUCCUGAAAGAGCAAAUACAGAAGUCCACCGGUGCCCCUUGAUCUGCAUUCUUCGGGCUUGGACCCCUUCCCCCAUGACCCCUUGAAGGAAUCCAGCCUCUUGUUGGAGAUAGCACUGAAGGCAGCUUACAUGCCCUCUCCUUGUCUGAGCCACAACAGCAGCAGCGAGGGCAGGACUUGCCCUCCCCCACCCACCCCAAAAUUGUUCAUUUCAUUCUCCCCUCAUUUUGUUUACCUCCUAGUGUUUCAAAUAAAACUUUGUCCUGGAUUUGAGUAAA